AUGAUUCGUUCUACUGAUAAUGAUCUUUACAUGGAGACUCAAUUAGCUGAACAUUACAUUCGCACAAAUGUUGAAUGGAAUCAUCUUCCAGCCGAAGUUAAACAAAAAUUCGGUUGGAAUACAGAAAAAGAUUAUGAUAAAGCAAUAUUAACAUUUUCAAUAAAACAUCAACUUCGUUAUAAAGGAAAUUUAGUUCGAAAAGUUCAUAAAGAUUCUAGAAAAUAUUAUGAUGAUCUUUUACGUUAUAGUCGUGAACAUUUAAUGCUUUUUCCUUAUCAUUUAUCAGAAAUAUAUGUUAAAGGUUUACGUGUAACACCAUUUUCCUUUUAUAUUGAUAUGAUAAGUGAUUUAAUUCUUCAAGAAAAAUCUUAUGAUACAUUACCAAAUUUUACUGCUGCUGAUUGUCUUCGUUUACUUGGUAUUGGUCGUAAUCAAUAUAUUGAAUUAAUAAAUCAAUCACGUACAAUAUUACAAACGACAAGAAAAAAAAUGUUUCUUAGUUUAACAUCUUCAAAAACUCCAGCUUCAAUUCGUCAUUUAUUACCAUCACAACCUGUUGAUUCCCUACAUAUUCAACCAUGGUGGAUUAUUAAUUUAGGUUGUGUUACUGAUGAUGAUGUUAAACAAUGUACAAAUGAAGAAAAAUUAAUAAUUGAUUAUCUUAUUGAUGAAAAAUCUUCAAAAUUAGCUGGUGAACUUAAUUAUGAUGCAAUACGUGCACUUUAUCGUAAAGGUUUAGUUUAUUUGGAUGUACCUGUUUCUGAUAAUGAUUAUAUUCAAGUACCACCAUUAGGUUCAGGAUUUGUUAUGAAUCGUAUUGUUGGAGAUUAUUUUGAAGUAUUACUUUAUAAAUUAUUUGUAUCAACAGAUGAACAUACAAAUGUUGGAGAAUUAUCAAGAAUAUUAACAUUAGAUAUUGAUUUAGUUAAACAAACAAUGUCAAUGUUUUUAAGAUUAGGUUUUGCAAGAAAGAAAAAUUUAGAUUAUGAUUAUGGUGUUAUUCAUACAACAUGGAAACAUUUUUCUACAGGUGCUAAUUUACAAUUACCACCACCACCAAAAGAAAUAAUAAUAACAUCACCAACAAUGGAUAAAAGUUUAUUAGAAUGGAAAACUGAUUUAGAAAUGGAUACAUCAUUGAAUGAUGAUGAUAAUAUAUCAAUUGGUACAACAGAUGAACAAAAAAUUCUAUUAUCUCCAACUAAUAGUGUUAAUUCACUUGAUAAUACUUCUACAUCUAUUGUUAGUGGUACAUUAAAACAAAAACGUAUCGGGUUUUUAUUUGAUUCAUCAUUAACAGCAUUUUUAAUGAUGGGUAAUUUAUCACCAAAUUUAAAAACUCAUGCUGUAACUAUGUUUGAAGUUGGUAAAUUAGCUGAUGAAAUACUUGUUUCGUUUUUACAAGAAUUAGAAAAAAUUUCUCCUCUAUCACAAUCAUCAAUUCAAUCUUCUGAUGAUGAUAAUCAAAGUCAAGGUGAAGCUGAUCGUUAUUUUUUACAUGCACGUGUACUUUAUCAAACAAUAUUAUUUUUACGUUUAAAUAAUGAUUUAUUUGAUGAUGAUAUUGGUAGUCUUGGUGUUGAUUUAAUUCGUUAUGAAAGUUUAUCAAGUCUUGAUUCAAAUAUUCGUCAACGCUUAAUUGAACGUAAUUAUCAUAUAUUAAUAUCAAUGGCACCUGUUACUGCAGAAACAAUUUAUUCACCAUUUAAUUCAAUUGAUUAUUUAGGACCAUGUUUACAAGAAAUGAAUAGUGUAUGGAUGAAAUUAUUUAUUUAUCAUUUAAUCAAAUCUGGUCCACCAUCAUUACUUUUAUCAAAAGGUUCUCGUUUAAAUACAUUACCAGAUUGUUUAAAAAUUUUUGAUAAAUUUCUUGUUACAACAUGGAAUCAUGAACCAACAUAUAUAUCAAAUGUUAAUAUUUUAUUAAGUAUUAAUGAAGCAUUACUUCAUUCAGCUGUACUUUUACAAGGUUUUUCAUAUGGUAAUAAUAAUUUUAAAGAUGAUAAUCAACAAAUCCGACAUAUACCAUUUCCAUUUGAAUCAAUUGAACAACAUCCUGUAUUAGAACAAUUAAAUUCAGCUAUUGAUAUACAGAGUACAUGUGGUUAUGUAUCAAUGUUAACAUUAUCAUCAACGAAUUCUCAAGAAGUUGUAUUAGAUGUUAGAUUUGGUAUUCCUUUGUUUGAUGAACAAAUAAGCGAGACGAUUCGUAAUAGUAUUGUUAAAAAUAAAUUAUGUAGAAAAGAGAAAGUACAACAACGAUUAAAAAGUCUUGAAACUCUUUCAACAAGUCUCACAGCAUUUAUUGAACUUUUCCAGCCAUCUGAUUCUUCACCAUGCAAUAUGCCAAGUCAUCAUUCCUCACAUGGUAUUCGUUCCACUUGUUUACCAAAACGAUCAGUUUUAUUCGAUGGUGAAACUUUUAAAACAAUUGGCUUGCCAUCGAGUUAA